UAUUGCUGUCACCAAACUUGAGUGUCAUCUCAUUAAAUACCUGCAGCCUGACACAGAAACACUCCACUGCUGUAACUUUGCUGGAGGCAAACAGGAGAGGCUCAAGUGUCUGCAUGUGAGGCAUAAAAAUAGCAUUAGUUGUCACACUGCAGGGAGGGCCUCAUACUGAAUAUCAAAACAACUCUGUGAACCAACCUUGUGAACAGCCAGUGGGCACAUAGUGGACAUUAGCCAGAGAGAAAGAAACAACAGCAGAAACACAGAGAGAGGCCUUUUCAGAGUUUACCUCCCUUCAUCACAGUGAUCUCACACACAACCAAUUUAAACACGAGGGGCGAGAUAUUCAGCAUGUCGCGAGGCAGUUUUGUCUUCACACCCAUGGCCUUACGCUCUCUUCAACUCGACGAGGACAUGCUGGAGAGACACAAGUACAAGAGGCAGCUGGCCUCCCAUCACCUCAAUAACUAUCUGCUGAAAAAGGAGGCCAGAGACAGGGCACCACUGAGGACCAGCACAGCCCUGCCUGCAGCAGUCUGUCAGGAUGUGGUCGUCCAAAACGCUCUGUACACAGGGGACCUGGAGGCUAUGCAGAAAAUGUUUCCUCGAGGAUCCACGGCAAACCUCAUCAUUGAGCCACAAGGAGGGGAAAUGCGCUGGGUCCCCACAGGAGAAGGACUUUGGUCACUGAGUUACGAGCAGGAGCUGACAACACCCCUUCACAUCACCGCAAGCCGGGGUUUCACAGACUGUCUGAGACUCCUGCUGCAGAGAGGCGCCAAUGUAGACCUGGCACCUGGAGGCACAACAGCCCUGCAUGAAUCUUGUGAAAACGGCCAUCCUGAGUGUACCAAACUGCUUCUUGUCCAUGGUGCCAAUGCCAAUGCUGUCUCUGAAGAAGGCCUCAUGCCUCUGCAUGUUUGUUCAAGUCCUGAAUCUCUCGAAUGUGCCAAGUAUCUCCUCCAGUACGGUGCAGCUAUUAAUGGCCGCACCCUGGAUGAAGAUGACACUCCCUUACACGUGGCAGCCAGAAGCGGCCUCCCUGACCAUGUAGACCUCUACCUACACUACGGAGCCGCUGUGGACAAAGAGAACGAUGAGGGUCUCACCCCCCUGAAUGCAGCUUGUUCACAACCUCAGGAGCUGCAUGAACUUCAGAGUUACUUCAAAGUAUGCAAGACCCUGCUGGGGGCCGGGGCCAACAUCCACACCAUUGACCAGGACAAACACAGUCCUCUGCACAUGGCAUGUAAAAAUGCCAACCCAGACAUAGUGGAUCUGCUGCUGGCAAACGGAGCUUGUGUUAAUGAAAUGGACUAUGGUGGUGAAGCUCCCAUGCACAACAUCCUGAAGGUGGUCUGCUACAAGAUUUCCCAUCAGCCCGAGAGGAUUGUCCGUGCUUUGCUCAACCAUGGUUCUAUUCGGGUGUGGCCUGGAGCUCUGCCUGUGGUUUUGAAGCACUGCUCUGUGUCUCCACGCACCAUUGAGGUUCUUCUCAACGCCUACACUUUUCUCAAGGUCACAGACACCUGGGUGGAGUCUGUGCCACCAGAAGUUGUUAAGGAGCACAAAGACUUCUAUGAGUCCAUCUUCUCCUUGGCCAUGACUCCACGCUCCCUGCAGCACUUGGCUCGCUGCAGAAUCAGAAAAUACCUGGAGAGGCGAGUUCACAAAGUGGUCCCUAAACUGGAGCUGCCCACAUUCAUCAAGAACUACCUGCUGCUGGAGUACAGAGGUUACAUCCACUGAGAGCACUUUGUAGUUAGUUAGUGGUAGUUGAUGUGUGUGAAUGACGCUGCUGUUUCUACUGUAAACAUCAGAUACAUCAACUGUAGUUCUGGACACAGGCACUUUUGAUUUGAUGUUUUUCCCCUUUAGGAGACAGAAGCAGGUGUUUGCGCUGUAACUUUUAUUCCUGAUCAUUUUUCAGCUCAGUUACAUUUUUGAUGUUGCGCCACAAGAGGGCGCUGUAGGCUAGACUUGAUAAAGUCUAGAACCGAUAUAUGCAAGCGUUUUAUACUGUAUUUAUUUUAAGAUGAGGGUUUUUUGUAAUUCUGCACCUGAUAGUUGUUUGUAUUUUUAUAUCUUAAAACACCAUUGUGGUUUGAUGGUAGUGCCCACGAGGCAGACUGAGAAUUACUAUAAAAUAUUGGCAAAAAUGGUUACUCCAGCUGACAUGACUGUGAUUGUAUGAAGGAAAUAAGCUUGAUUUAAAGAAAAUAAAAUAUCUCUCAAUAGC